UUUCCGCGCCGUCCAGGUGGAAUUGGGGAGCAGGCUUUUGUUUGGACUUCUCUGGCACCCCAGGUGCUUUGUCUGCGCCCCCGCCCACCGUCGGUGAGGAGGCACGAUGGCAGUGGCGGAGCUCUUGCUUGCGAUCCUCAACGAUCUGGCGGACGAUGAACUGCGCACUUUUGCCUACCACUUGUCCUUCAUCCAGCCUUCUGGGAUCCCGCGCGGGAGGCUAAGCGGCGCCACGCGCGUCCAGCUGGCCGAGCUCCUCAUGCAGCACUACCCCGCGAAAGAACUGGAGGUCACCGCCGAAGUGCUGCGUAAGAUCCCAAGGAAUGAUCUUCUGAGAAGAUGCCACCUCCCCCUAGGCGAAAUGGCGAGGGCCGGGGAGGAGCCACCUCCUAGGAUGGAAGUCCCCAUGCAAGCGGCGGCAGCAGGGCAAAAUGCGGGCUCCAUGCGGGUUCCAGAGUCGAAACUGAUGACACUGGCCGGAAACAUGGGCAAGAAAUGGAAGCAGAUCGGAAUAGAGUUCCUAGGCGUAACAACUACACGCCUGGAGCAGAUUGAAGAGGAGAAUUCCACGGAGGCCAUGCGAGCCUUCUAUAUGCUUAUGGAGUGGAAGAAUAAUGCAAGAGAGAGAGCCACUCCAGCGCACCUGUUUGGCAUCCUGAGCCAGGAGAGGGUGCCUCUUGACCAUGAUGCUUAUAAGUUCCUGGUAGAGAAUGCUUGAAGGAAUACUUGAGUGCAGGGUGACAGGGCGCACCCACCUGUGCACAGACAAGGUAUGCCUGCCCCCAAGGCCCGCCUGCAUGGGUGAAGGGUGCAGGCCGACCCUGGAUCCCAUGUAACCUAGGCCGUUUCUGCCCCUGCCCGCUUGGCGCCCUAAGUGGCCACUUAGUUCGCUUAGUGGGCAGGCCGGCAAGCCCUGGUCUUACCUAGUUUCAGGAGCUGUCCAUGCUCCUGAUUUGGGGUCAUUUGUGAGUGAAAAACAAGCUAGGAGGCAAGGAGUAUGAUUGUCUGCUAAGCAUCAGCUGGGUAGGAUGAGUGGGCCCUCCCCAGCUUUUGAACAAGGUAGGAAGAAGAAGAAAUGUCCUGCCCUUCUCCCUGCCUCCUACCUUGAUCUUUACUCACACAGAAGCAGAAAUUGGGAUAAAUUGACUCCCCGCAGCUCCAAUCUCAAAUAGUCACACAAGAGCAAGCAGUUUAACAAUGUUUCUCCUUUGGAAACAUCACCUCAUGGUGUCUGCAGCUCCAGACCAAACGUUUUGCACUCUCUUUCCCACAACACCUUUAAGUGGGGCUUGGAUAACCAGGGAGGAGAGGUCUAUCAGCGUCUACUAGUCGGAGGGCUAUAGGCCACCUCCAGCCUCAAAGGCAGGAUGCCUCUGAGUACCAGUUGCAGAGGAGUAACAGCAGGAGAGAGGGCAUGCCCUCAGCUCUUGCCUAUGGGCUCCCCAGUGGCAUCUGGUGGGCCAGUGUGUGGAACAGGAUUCUGGACUAGAUGGGCUUCCUUGGGCCUGAUCCAGCAGGGCUGUUCUUAUGUAACCUUUUCCCCUCCCUCAGAAAAACAAACAUACACCCACAAAGCUAGGAUCUCUGUAUCAAAGUUUUCAACUCAGUCACCUGCUGCUAAUAGUUUAGCAGCAAAUGUUAGUCUUGGGACUAAACCACUCCUGCACCAGGGUCUCCUCCUCCUACACAAAAUCCCGUUGCUUGGGGGGGGGAGGUAAAGGGUGGGGGCAGAAUGAGGCACCUCGCCAGUAAUUUUCCCUCACGGCCCAAAUGCAGCUCCUCCAUGGCUCACAUUAAAGAGACAGGUCAACCCUCUGUUUCCUUCAAGUAACUGGAGGAGGGAGCAACUCUGCCCCCUUCCCUUCCAUAUCCCAAGUGUGUUGGGAUGGGAAGGAGGAGAAGGGUGACAUUAGUCGGUCUUUCCUCUCCCUCUCAUCACACUCAGUUCAAGAGGAGUAAAAGGGCGGGAAGUGGGGGUGGGGGAGAAAAGCAGCUCUGCCCCCUUCCCUUCCACCCCCCAAGCAUGUUGGGAUGGGAAGGACGAGAAGGGAGACGUGGUCUUUCUUCACAACACACUCGCAGAACAAGAGGAGAAAAAGGAUGGGAAACAGCAUCGAGCUUGGUCGGAACUGAAGCUUCAUGGUCCUCUGAGGGCGGCCACUUUGGUUCUUCCUUCCUCUUGCCUCCUCUUGUUGCUGAAAAGGUCUGUGUUUCAGCAUCAGCAACAACACCCAAGCCUCCGCAGCCCCUCCGCAGCCAGAGCCUUGAUCAGCAGGGGAGAUCGGGCCGGCCGCAGCACUCCGCCGCUGCCCUCAGCCACUACAGGCACACAAGAAGACCUUGGGUGGGCUGCCGGUGGGCCACGGCCUGUUCUCAGCACAGUCGUGCCCUCAGCUGUCAGGGGCAGGUGACAGAGCAGCCGGCUCCUGACCCAGGGCAUUAUUGGGAGCAUUUGGGGGGCCCAAGUGGGUGUGGGGGACCAGACUUUCACCUGGAAGUCCAGCAGCGGCCCUCUAAUUUUUUACAUCUUUGUGCAGAAUGAGUUUUGUUCUGGGCGGCACGAUCAAGGCAGCGUGUGCCCGCACCUGCAUUCAGAAUGUGGCCUUCCUGAUUCAACCUGAGUGGGAUCUAACAUGAACUGAGCGGACAUCCAGAAACUUUUGAGUGCGUGCAUGUGCACACGACUUAGAGGGAAUAGUGAAGUUCAGUCCAAAAGGUGCCUCUGGCUCCCAAAGCUGAAGAAGCCGGGUAUAUGUGUUGGUUCCAGUUAGUCUUUUUUGGAUCAGUUGGGCUGCUGCAGCUGCCUUGGCUGAUGGAGUUUUACUCCCUAAAUGUUAUUCAGCAACAGAUGAAUAAAAUGUUAUUCAGACGGA